AUGGGCCGGCAGUCUGUUCGUGUCUCGGAGCUUUCGACGCAUGAGAAUGCAGAACUGCGACGAGGUGGCUCGAUGAUGCAGGACAAAGAGCCCUUUGAAGAUUCCAAGCGGCCGUGUCGGGAUGUCAUCUGGGCAAUCUUGUUCUACGCGGUGGCAGGAUUUCUGUGCUGGUGGUGCGCAUCUGGUGUCAUCGCCGCCACGGGAGCUGCAGACCAAGGACAGGUGGCGAAAGUCUCCACCAAGCUCCAUGCGUACGAGAAAAGCUUGUUCGCUGUGGGCUACGCCUUGGCUGCAGCAGGCAUGGUGGCGAUCGUGUUCUCCCUCGUCUUCUUGGAGCUUGCCAAGAGAUUCUCCGAGCUGGUUAUCUGGUGCGCGCUGCUGCUAGGGCCGACCGUCAUGAUCGUCGCGGGAGUCGUCAUGAUGGUCCAGUGGCCGAUGCCAGGCAUCAUCGGGGCCAUCACCUUCUCAAUUGGCUGCUGCUUAUUUGCCUGUGUGCUUUGCUGCUGGAAGGACUUGGUGCCCUUCUCUGCUGCACUUAUGAGGACGAUCAUCAAAGUCAUGGAGCUCCAUACGUCCAUGAUCUUCAUCUCCAUUUGGGGUUCCUUCCUGUCCUUCCUGUGGAGUUUGCUCUGUUGCAUGAGCCUUGUGGCUUUUGCUAUCCAUGAUGAAGAAGCCAUGGACAAGCUGACGAAGGGUCGAGCCUCGAGUUCGCCAGCGAAAGCCGGGUUCAUCUUCCUGUUCUUCUUCGUCCAGUACUGGGGUUUGAUAGUGGCCAUGGAUGCGGCCUACACGGCUUGCUGUGGUGUCUUCGGCCGCUGGUAUUUUCUCAAAGAAUCUCGGCAGGUUUUCAAGCGUUACUCAGGCAGUCAGUCUAUGCUCCUUUCAUUAGGGAGCACUGUAUGCUGCCCAGCGCGGGAAAGGUGUCAGUAG